AUGAAACGAGAUACCCUCACUGAGCCGCAAACUCAAUUCUACAUUGCGGAGGCGGUCCUCGCGAUCGAUUCCAUUCACAAAAUGGGCUUUAUUCAUCGGGACAUCAAACCGGAUAAUUUGUUGCUUGAUGCCAAAGGACAUAUCAAGCUAAGCGAUUUUGGAUUAUGUACCGGACUGAAGAAAGCGCAUCGAACCGAGUUCUACAAAGAUCUUUCUCAGGCCAAAGCCAGCGAUUUCUAGGCCGGAGGAGCUGACACCGGUCUUGUUCAAUGA